GAGUAAUGAGCAUUUCCCUUCUAAAAAGUUCAACAAUUGCUCUGCCUCAAGGAAUAAGGGAAAGCACCAAAAGAAUGGUGAUGAAAUAACCUAGAAGCACAGAGGCACGUGGGAGGCACCUGCUUUGGUGCCAAUCUGGAGAAGCAGGCAAGCCUAUAGGAAGGAGGUCAUUAUGUUGAAAAUAGACGUCAUCUUGGUUUGGAGGGAACUUCCAACUCCGGAUUCUUUAAUGUUAGACUUAUGUAGUUAAGGAUGGCCUGGCAUUAGCUUAAUUAAAACACCAGUCCGUUGUACCUAAAGGCUAAGGCGCGCGAAUCUCUGCACAGGCUGGCAGGGACGGUCCCCACCGAGCAGGGGUCAGCUCUCGGCCAACUCUCUCCAGCCCGGCAGGCUAACGGCCUUCUCAUUGGCCACUGUCCGCUGCCUCGGGCGUUCAUUGGCCCGCUCCGAAUCCCGUUUACUAUAAGAGGCGGGCAGCCCUGGUCCGCCGGCAGCACCAGCUUAUCGCCGGCGGCAGCACCACAGAGAAGUACACCAAACUCAUCAUGAUUGAAGACAAUAAGGAAAAUAAAGACCAUUCCCUAGAAAGAGGAAGGGCGACUCUCAUUUUUUCCUUGAAGAAUGAAGUUGGUGGACUAAUAAAAGCACUGAAAAUCUUCCAGGAGAAACAUGUGAGCCUGUUACAUAUUGAGUCCCGAAAAUCGAAGAGAAGAAACUCAGAAUUUGAGAUAUUUAUUGACUGUGAUAUCAACAGAGAACAAUUGAAUGAUAUUUUUCAUCUGUUGAAGUCCUACACUAACGUUCUCUCUGUGAAUCCACCAGAUAAUUUUACUGUGAAAGAAGAUGGUAUGGAAACUGUUCCUUGGUUUCCAAAGAAGAUUUCUGACCUGGAUCAUUGUGCCAACAGAGUUCUGAUGUAUGGAUCUGAACUGGAUGCAGACCAUCCUGGCUUCAAAGACAAUGUCUACCGUAAAAGACGAAAGUAUUUUGCAGACUUGGCUAUGAACUAUAAGCAUGGAGACCCCAUUCCCAAGGUUGAAUUCACUGAAGAGGAGAUUAAGACCUGGGGAACCGUGUUCCGAGAGCUGAACAAACUUUACCCAACCCAUGCCUGCAGAGAGUAUCUCAAAAACUUACCUUUGCUUUCUAAAUAUUGUGGAUACCGGGAAGAUAAUAUCCCACAAUUGGAAGAUGUCUCAAACUUUUUAAAAGAGCGCACAGGUUUUUCCAUCCGUCCUGUGGCUGGUUACUUAUCACCAAGAGAUUUCUUAUCAGGUUUAGCCUUUCGAGUUUUUCACUGCACACAGUAUGUGAGACACAGUUCAGACCCUCUCUAUACCCCAGAGCCAGAUACCUGCCAUGAACUCUUAGGUCAUGUCCCCCUGUUGGCUGAACCUAGUUUUGCUCAAUUCUCCCAAGAAAUUGGCCUGGCUUCUCUUGGAGCUUCAGAGGAGGCUGUUCAAAAACUGGCAACGUGCUACUUUUUCACUGUGGAGUUUGGCCUCUGUAAACAAGAUGGGCAGUUGCGAGUCUUUGGUGCUGGAUUACUUUCUUCGAUCAGUGAACUUAAACAUUCACUUUCUGGACAUGCCAAAGUAAAGCCCUUUGAUCCCAAGAUUACCUGCAAACAGGAGUGUCGCAUCACAACUUUUCAGGAUGUGUACUUUGUAUCUGAAAGCUUUGAAGAUGCAAAAGAGAAGAUGAGAGAAUUUACCAAAACAAUUAAGCGUCCAUUUGGAGUGAAGUAUAAUCCAUAUACACGGAGUAUUCAGAUCCUGAAAGACACCAAGAGCAUAACCAGUGCCAUGAAUGAACUGCAGCAUGAUCUUGAUGUUGUCAGUGAUGCCCUUGCGAAGGUCAGCAAGCAGCUGAGCAUCUGAUCCUGAGAGCAUCUGAGCGCCAAUUCAGAGGCCUGUGGGCCAGCUCCUGCUUUUCUUGAAGACCUGGUCAUGGAGGGACAGUAGCCAAACAACAUUCUCUACUCCCAUUCCUUAAUUAGUUCUUUGGAAAUUU